ACAUACCGUGUCUAUUGACAUUAACGAUGAGUUCAAAGAACACUAAAAUCGACGCAGCUGCUGGAACAGCGAAAACAACAACAAAAUUUUCAGUGCAAUCCGCCGGGGUACUGGCGCCACCACGUAGAAGAGUCCCCUCAACUGGAGGCGUCUCGCUCGUGAAGUCGCCAAGGCCCAUUGCAGACCCCCCAUCGGGCUCCGGAACACCUGCCGCUAUUGGAGGUAAUCUCCAGAUGAAAGCCAAUGGCUUAUACUUGGAGGCGAAGAGCCUGAUGGAGCAAUCAGGCAAUAUAAAGACCACGAUAAAGGAAGGAGUUAUCAAAAAAAUGACGGAAAUCAACAACAUCGUACUCAGUCUAGCGGAGUCAAGAGAUUCGCUCCAGAGUAGCCUUGAGAGAUCACGUCUGAGUCAUGCGGAGGCACUGCUCAAACUUGAAAGGGAGCACUCAGAAACACCUGUAGGCCCCUUACACACGGCAACAGCGACCACCAACCUGGCUGAACACUCCAGACUCAUGGAAGAACUCAUGAGGAGACUGGAGCAACACGAGAGAGCAGUCCAGGAGUGCGGAGAGCGUACAGAGAGUCUCAAGAAAAGGCUUGGGGAAGCGAACACGACACUGAGGGUCUCAACCCAAAUGGUAGCGAAGGAAUCCAACUUGGACGAGGACAAGACUUCGCUCAUGAAAUCCCUAAACGAACAGAGGGAACUCCUGGUGGAGUCAAACUCUCAAAUAACGACUCUGCAUACGAAGAUUGACAAAUUGACGGUCACAGCUUCUGCAACGAGCGAGAUUGCACCAAAGAAAAUCGAUGCUAGAGCCACAUACGCUAGUAUAGCAGCCAAACCGAUAACACCGGUAUUUUCAGUCAUAGUGUCCUCCGAAACGGAACAGGACACUAGCAACGACGUUAUCACCAAAAUAAGAUCUGCGGUGGACGCAAAAGCAAGCGGCCUUAAAGUUGAUAGGAUUAGGAAGGCAAGAGACCAAAAAGUCAUAGUAAGCUGCGGCAAUAGAGACGAGGUGAACAAAGUCUCCGACAAAAUCAGAGCCACAGCUUCGAGGCUACGGGUAGAGCCAAUGCUAAAUAAGGACCCACUGGUAAUCCUGAAGGACGUCCUCACUGUGAAUACAGAUGAGGACAUUAAGACAGCACUAAAAAACCAGAAUAAACACCUGUUCGAAGAGUUGCCAGUGGAUCAUUAUAGAGCGGAGGUGAAAUACCGACGCAGAGCCCGGAAUCAAUAUGUCAACCAUGUGGUCCUACAAGUGUCACCCCAAGUGUGGCAGAAACUGGUGCAAGCGGGGAGAGCCCAUAUAGAUCUGCAGAGGGUCGUGGUAACGGAUCAGUCGCCACUGGUACAAUGUUCCCGUUGUUUGGGCUACGGGCAUGGACGCAAGUACUGCAAAGAAACGCAGGACCUAUGCAGUCACUGUGCCGAGCCACACUUAAAAGUAGACUGUCCAAGUUGGACGGUUGGGGACCCCCCCACUUGUAAAAACUGUGUCCACUCAAAAGCCGACAGAACGGAUCACAACGCUUUUGACGUCAACUGCCCCAUCCGGAAGAAAUGGGACGAGAUAGCGAGGUCCAGUGUAGCAUAUUGCUAACGUUGAUAAAGGCCAGAACGGGGACACCGAUGAACCAAACAACUAUCAUGCAUUUCAAGCAAAUCUCCAGCGAAAACGCCUCGCCACAAAAGAGCUAAUAAUCGAAGCAAGUAAGAGAAGGACGAGUUUCGCUCUAGUUCAAGAACCCUACACGGGCGCAAGCGGUGUAUUAAAGCAGGAGGUGGGGACAAGAGUAAUCCAGUGCACUAUAAAUAGAAACGGACCAGUGAAAGCUGCAAUCAUUGUAUUUAACGGUAAGGUGAGGGUAAUUGAAGACGCAACACUGAACACUGAGAACAUGGUUGCAGCCAAACUAAAGACGGAAAAGUGGGAGAUUGCAAUUGUCUCCGUUUACUUCGAAGACAGCAAACCUCUUGAACCCUACCUACAAAAGCUCAAGGAAGUCAUUGAAAAGCUCAACACUAAAAACGUCCUUGUGGGGGGAGAUUUCAAUGCAUGGAGCACGUGGUGGGGAAGUGUGAGAGAAGACAGUCGAGGAGAGGAGCUCAGGGGUACUCUUGACGAUCUGAAACUGCACAUAUUGAAUGCGGGAAACACUCCAACUUUCGACACCCUCAGAGGAGGGAAAAUAUUCCAGAGCUGCGUGGACAUCACGGUAUGUAGCGAAGACCUAAUUGGGAAAACAAACAAUUGGAAAGUUAACAAGGAAAUAACAAGCUCGGAUCAUAACACCAUAACAUUCACAUUAAAACUGGAAAAACACACACAAAAUAAUGAGAGUAAAUCAACACGAAUAUACAACACUAGAAAAGCUAACUGGGAAAAAUUCGGUAAACAUAUUGUAGAGUCUCUAAACACAAAAAACUUAACAGAACAAAAGAUAA